AUGUUUGGUAAGGUAUACCUCCCUUACAUAAAAUUCUCUAUCUUCAUGGGUAACGUGGGAUUCUUCUCCAAUGCAUUCUUCGGCUUCAUUCUGGUAUUCCUGACAUUGUGUCACAUCAGUCGACAAUUCGGAUCAUAUAAGUACUUGCUCGUGAACUUCCAAGUGCUUGGAUUCAUUUUCGCCACAUUCGAGUAUCUUUUUCACACGUUCCUGCACACCUACAAUGCGAGUUUGAUCUACUUUAGUUUCUCCCGCCCAUUGGGUCUUUCAAAUUUCACAAUGGAAUGGAUGAUGGGAAUCUACACAGGACUAUACUCUGCAACAAUUUGCCAGCUGGCAAUUCAAUUCAUUUAUCGGUACUGGGCACUUUUUGAUACUCCGAAGAUCAAAUAUUUCCAUGGAUGGUACUACUUGAUUUGGGUGUCCUAUUACUGUACACAUGACACACCGCCAUCGGAUGAAUGUAUCGGUGGAGUUGGGAAGGUUUUGCUAAAGGCACAAAAGGAAUCUAGGUGGACAACUACGAACAACUUACAUAUAUCAAAUUUAUCACACACGGGACUUGAGAAAUAUUCACCUGAUAGACAUCCAUCAGUUCUUGUCGCAUAUACUCUAUUGCGUAUUCAUCUGCUUCGUCCAGUUUAUACAAUCCGAGUGCCCAUUCAAAUCCGAACCAAUACGAGUACACAAUCGUAA